GCGCCCUUCCUAGUUCGCGCCGCUCAGCUUCCGCGCGCCGGGGUUCCGCCCCCACCUCCGCCCGCACUCAGAGAGCAGCGGGCCUCGCCACGGGACACGCCAGUCCGCGGGGCGACGCGAGCGUCCUUCUUCUGUCCCCGGGCAGCGAGCGCUCUGCCGGCCCGCACGGGGUGCGCCGCGGCAGACGGCUAGACCCCGCGGCCGGAGGGAGAGCGCACGGAGCGCGAGCCGCUCAGAGGCUGGGCAGUCCAACCCGAGCCGCGCCGAACCUUCGGACAAUGGGGCCGCGGCGGCUGCUGCUCGUGGCCGCCGGACUCAGUCUGUGCGGCCCCCUGCUGUCGGCCCGUACUCGAGGCCGCAAGCCCGAGUCAAAAGCAACCAAUGCUACUGUGGAUCCCCGGUCAUUUUUUCUCAAGAUCAAGAAUGAUAUAUUUGAACCAUUCCCACUGGAUGGCGAUGAGGAGAAAAACAGGAGCAGGUUCCCUGAAGACAGACUAAGCCCCAUCAAUAUAAGCCAUCCCCUUCAAAAACUGCACCCUGUAUUUAUCUCAGAAAAUGCCUCAGGGUAUCUUACCAGCACCUGGAUGACACUUUUUAUCCCCUCUGUCUACACUGGCGUGUUUGUCAUAAGCCUUCCUCUGAAUAUCAUGGCCAUUGUUGUGUUUAUCUUGAAGAUGAAGGUCAAGAAGCCCGCUGUGGUGUACAUGCUGCAUCUGGCCACGGCAGACGUGCUCUUCGUGUCAGUGCUCCCGUUCAAGAUCAGCUAUUACUUUUCCGGCAGCGAUUGGAGAUUUGGUUCCGAAAUGUGUCGCUUUGUCACCGCAGCCUUUUACUGUAACAUGUAUGCCUCCAUCAUGCUCAUGACAGUCAUAAGCAUUGACCGGUUUUUGGCCGUGGUGUACCCCAUCCAGUCCCUCUCCUGGCGUACCCUGGGGAGGGCUUCCUUCACUUGUCUGGCCAUCUGGGCUCUGGCCAUUGCGGGGGUGGUGCCUCUCCUUCUCAAGGAGCAAACCACCCAGGUGCCGGGGCUCAAUGUCACCACCUGCCAUGACGUGCUCAAUGUAACCCUCCUCAAAGGCUACUAUGCCUAUUACUUCUUAGCCGUCUCUGCUGUCUUCUUCUUUGUGCCCCUGAUCAUUUCCACCAUCUGUUACGUGUCUAUCAUUCGAUGCCUUAGCUCCUCCGCAGUCGCCAACCGGAGCAAGAAGUCCCGGGCUUUGUUCCUUUCGCUUGCUGUUUUCUGCAUCUUCCUCCUCUGCUUUGGUCCCACAAACAUCCUCCUGAUUCUGCAUUACUCCUUCAUUUCUCAGGAGUCCAUGACAGAGGCUACCUACUUUGCCUACCUCCUCUGUGUCUGUGUCAGCAGCAUCAGCUGUUGCAUUGAUCCCUUGAUUUACUAUUAUGCCUCUUCCGAAUGCCAGAGGUACCUCUGCAGCAUCUUAUGCUGCAAGGAAAGUUCUGAUCCCAGCAGCUACAAUAGCAGCGGCCAGCUGAUGGCCAGCAAAAUGGAUACCUGCUCAAGUCACCUGAAUAACAGCAUAUACAAAAAGCUCUUAACUUAGGGAAAGGGACUGCUGAUGAGUUAAAAAGAAGAGGUUAAAAAAGCGAAUAGCCUGAGGGUUCUAUUAGUCCCCACCAAAAAAGUAUUUACGAUCAAAAACAAAUCUAUGAUUCGCAUGCCUCUUUCUUAUGAGAGCCAUUGAUCAUAUCUAUUUGUUAGUUUAUAGGAAAAGAUAACAAACAUCGAAAACAGUGUCAUUCCAAGAGUGUUUGUCCAGUGCUACAGUAAUAACUGAAUGUCAUAUUCUGAUACACAUAGGUGACUUACUAUGUAUGUGCAUGUGUGCAUAUAUAGGUGUGUAUACACACACAUAUCAUUUGCAGUGCAGUAUAGAAUAGGCACUUUGGAACCCUCCCUUUUUUCCACCAGAGAUUAAGGAAAGAAACAUUCCAGUUGGUGGAGUUUAACCCUGAGCAUCUGAAGAUGUUCGCCAAUAGGGAGGGAAUCUGUUGUUUGGACUUACACAGCUUUUGCAAAUAAAUGUAUUUUGAAAUUGUUCAACAACAAUGUUUAAGUUAUUAAGGGAUAAGACUUAGUACUAUCUGUGUGUAGAAAAAGUUCUACUCUUUGUCAUUGUAAAUGUAUCAAGGUUUGAAUUCUUUAAAUUAUGGAAACAGAUGAUAGGGGUAGCAUUUUUGAUGUUUUAUACUCUGUGUCUAUAAAUUGAGAAUGAGCAUAGGUCCCACAAGUGACCUUAGGUUGGCUUUCAAAGUAACCUGCCCUGAGAUGGGGGACUCCAAGCAAUAGAUAAAAGCAGGGCCGUUUCAGACACAGACUGGUCAGAAAAGCCUCCAGCUGAGCCUCCCAGAGGUCAGCACUGGAACCACCACGGUUGCUCUGUCCUCCUGAGGUUCCCUCAAGGGGUGGCUGUGAACUCUCUUGUUUAUUAGAAAUUGGCAAAGUAAUCUUAGAAGCAGCUUUGGUCAAGACUUCAGAUGACCACUGCCAAAAGUGGACUACAACCUCAUGAGAGCCAGGACUAAGAUAUACCCAGAUUCCUGACCUACGGAAACAGUGUGAGGUAAAAGAUGUUCAUUGUUUUAAGUCAGAGGAGUUGGCACACUGUCAAUGGAAGGCCAAAUCCAUUCUGCUGCCUGUUUUUGUAAAUAAAGUUUUUUUGGAACACACAGACACACACAAAAAGAAAUUGGCAAAGUAGGUCAUGCUAUCCCAGGAGAUCAUGGAUAUAAAAGACCUCUCUGCCCAUUUUAAGAACGAGAAAGAAGGCCCACUCACUUCCAGCAGUUAUACCCCAAGGAGCAUUCUGGAAUGGAAACACUCAUGGAGCAAACAUGAAACACACAUUUUGUGCUCUGGGCACAGGGAUGGGUGCUGGGCAUACAGAGUUGAGAAAGACUGAGACCGGCCAUCAAGAAAAACAAAGUAGACCAAUGCAGAGUGUGUAUGUGUAUAAUAAAUAAAUAUGUCCUUCUGUAAUAAGUUUUUUUAGUGAGAUGUCAUCACACAAGUUUCAUACAAGCGAGGAUUGUCAGUAAACUUUGAACAUUUGGGUUACUGCUUCCUGUGGUUAUAACUUGAGAUGAAAACAUAAUACACUACAGGAAACAUCUUUUUAAAAACAACCAGUCUGUAUUGAUUGGACAUGAUUUAUUUACAAAUGUGUUCGAUAAAUUAAGUCUAAUUUUUAAAAAAAGAAGCCAUUAUGCCAGUUUGAUGAGAAAUAACAGAAGAAAAUGAAGUAGACUUUGAAAUCUAGGAAAAUGAUUCUUUAUUUUCCAUUCACUUUUUUAAAGAGUUAGAUCAUUUUAAAAGCAUUUUUUAACUCCCUAAUUAGUAUCAAGUACAGAAAAUCCUCAUGGAUGUCACAAAAUAUUUGAAAGCUAAGUUGAAGUGUAUUAUUUUUUUCUUAUGAAGCAAUGUUGGCCUUUUACACAAACAAGAAAAGUGAAAAGUUCCAAGGCAAAUGCUUUGCCUGUGUAAAAGAGCAAACUAUUUCCAAAUGGCAUAGAAUAAUUUAUAUCAAAUAACAUAAUGUAAGUAUAAGCUAGCUUUGAUUUUAUUUUUUAGCAUUGAUUUUAUUAAUUUAGUUACUGUAUUUUAUCCAACUCAGUGGAGAUUUACUAGUUUAUUCAAUCAAAUAUUAAAAUACCUCUGAUUUAAUAUGACUAUCAUUACUAUUAUUAUUGGUCUGUCCUUAUAUGAUUUUUAUAUUCUGUCUUUUUUAAAAAAAUGUAUGUAACCUAUAUUAAUAAAGAUUA